GCCGCGGGUGCCGGGAUGAGCCCCCGGCGCUCUCUGGCCCUCCCGCUCCUCGGCGCGGUCUUGUCUGUGUUCCACACGCGUGGGCAAAGCCCCUCUCCUUCUGCCUGCGGCUGAGAUCCCGCAAUUUGUUAUUCUUUCCUCGAGAAUCGCUUCCAUCACCACCAAAAAAAACCCAUCCCACAUCUAUCCCAGAAAAUCCCAUCCCUCUUCUCAAGUCCUCUUGCUAUUCGGGUUUGCUUCCCUCUCUCCUCCUCCUUCUCUCCUCCCUCUUUCCCCCCUUUUGGGUUUGGAGCCUCUCUCUGCCCUACACACACGCACAGACAGGCACGCACGGUGUAAAUGGGUUGUCACACACACAGAACCGCUGCUGGUUCACAAAGUCCCCCCUCCCUGCUCAGCCUUCCUCUAGCUUGAAGCCGCAGGUCAUGGACUAUAUGUUUGGAGCCGGGAUGCGUUUUAUUCACAGCCGCUUCGCCUCCUGCAAUUUCACUCGGUGUUGAGGGAAAGCUAAGAGAAUGAAGGCUCUAAAUCCCCAGUGGAAGCAUGAUAUGGCGAUGCAGUGCUGGUGCUGAAUUGUUCUCUCUGAUGGCUCUAUGGGAGUGGAUAGCACUGAGUCUUCAUUGCUGGGUUUUAGCGGUUGCUGCUGUCUCGGAUCAGCAUGCCACAAGCCCCUUCGACUGGCUCCUCUCUGAUAAGGGACCCUUCCAUCGCUCACAGGAAUACACAGAUUUUGUGGACAGAAGUCGACAGGGAUUUAGCACAAGAUACAAGAUUUACAGAGAGUUUGGCCGCUGGAAAGUAAACAAUCUUGCUGUGGAAAGAAGAAAUUUCCUUGGCUCCCCACUGCCACUUGCCCCCGAGUUCUUCCGUAACAUCAGGCUGCUGGGACGGCGCCCCACCCUUCAACAGAUCACAGAAAAUCUGAUCAAGAAAUAUGGGACACAUUUCCUGCUCUCAGCUACCCUGGGAGGAGAGGAGUCACUCACGAUUUUUGUGGACAAACGGAAGCUGAGCAAGAGGUCAGAAGGGAGCAACCCCAGUGCUAACAGCUCCGUGGUGACACUGGAGACCCUACACCAGCUGGCAGCCUCCUACUUCAUCGACAGGGACAGCACCCUGCGCCGGCUGCACCACAUCCAGAUUGCCUCCACUGCCAUCAAGGUGACAGAGACGCGGACAGGUCCUCUCGGCUGCAGUAACUAUGACAACCUAGAUUCCGUAAGCUCUGUCCUGGUUCAGAGUCCUGAAAAUAAGAUUCAGUUGCAAGGUCUUCAGGUCAUCCUUCCUGAGUACCUGCAAGAGCAUUUUGUGCAGGCAGCUCUGAGCUACAUUGCCUGCAAUUCAGAGGGGGAGUUCAUCUGCAAGGACAAUGACUGCUGGUGUCAGUGUGGCCCCAAAUUCCCGGAGUGUAACUGUCCCUACAUGGACAUUCAAGCCAUGGAAGAGAACCUGCUCCGCAUAAGUGAGACUUGGAAUGCGUACAACAGUGAAUUUGAAGACUCUGAUGAAUUCAAAUUAUUUAUGAAGAGGCUGCCUAUGAAUUAUUUCCUGAACACAUCUGCUGUGAUGCAUUUGUGGACGAUGGAUUCUAAUUUCCAACGCCGCUACGAGCAGCUGGAGAGCAGCAUGAAGCAACUCUUCCUCAAGGCCCAGAGAACGGUGCACAAGCUCUUCAGCCUCAGCAAGAGGUGCCACAAACAGCCACUCAUCCGCAUGCCAAGGCAGAGGUCUUCCAACUAUUGGCUCAACCGCAUCCAGUCAUUUCUCUACUGCAACGAGAACGGGCUCCUGGGAAGCUUUUCUGAGGAGACCCACACGUGCACCUGCCCCAACGACCAGGUGGCCUGCCACGGGUUCCUGCCCUGCACGGUCGGGGACGGCCCCGCCUGCCUGAGCUGCGCCCUCGACAACCGCACGCGCUGCGGCAGCUGCAACGCUGGCUACAUGCUGAGCCAGGGACUCUGCAAGCCUGAGGUGGCCGACUCCACCGAGCACUACAUCGGCUUCGAGACGGACCUGCAGGACCUGGAGAUGAAGUAUUUGCUGCAGAAGACGGACCGGCGGAUCGAGGUCCACGCCAUUUUCAUCAGCAACGACAUGCGCCUCAACAGCUGGUUCGAUCCCUCGUGGCGCAAACGGAUGCUCCUGACUCUUAAGAGCAACAAGUACAAGUCCAGCCUGGUCCAUAUGAUACUGGGCCUCUCUCUGCAAAUUUGCCUGACUAAGAACAGCACCUUAGAGCCCGUCCUUGCUGUUUAUAUCAACCCUUUUGGGGGCAGCCACUCUGAGAGCUGGUUUAUGCCUGUGAAUGAAAAUAAUUUCCCAGACUGGGAGCGGACUAAACUGGACUUACCCCUUCAGUGUUAUAACUGGACGCUGACUCUGGGCAACAAGUGGAAGACAUUUUUUGAAACUGUGCACAUCUAUUUGAGGAGUCGAAUAAAGUCUAACAGUCCAAAUGGCAACGAGAGCAUCUACUAUGAACCCCUGGAAUUUAUUGAUCCCUCAAGAAAUCUGGGCUACAUGAAAAUCAACAACAUCCAAGUGUUUGGCUACAGCAUGCACUUCGACCCAGAAGCAAUUCGAGACUUGAUUUUGCAGCUGGACUACCCCUACACUCAGGGCUCACAGGACUCAGCACUUUUGCAGCUGUUGGAGAUUCGGGAUCGUGUAAAUAAACUCUCUCCACCCGGCCAACGUCGUCUGGACCUCUUCUCUUGCUUGCUCCGUCAUAGACUCAAACUGUCUACCAGUGAAGUGGUGAGGAUCCAAUCUGCUUUGCAGGCCUUUAAUGCCAAAUUGCCAAACACAGUGGAUUAUGACACAACCAAAUUAUGUAGUUAACCAUAAAUAUGAAGCACAACACAAAACCUUGAAGGAGUUUUUACAGUGCUUUUGUGGAACAGUUUAUGUUUGGAAGAGUAAAUUUAAAUUGUCUUUUCAAUAUCUGUCUUAUAUCAGUCAAUACUGUUGGAUGGCAAUUUACACACAUGAACUUGCUGACAAUGAAUAUAUUAUACCUGCAGUUUUGGUUUAUGAAUGAAAUAAAUACUGACACCAGUCUAGAAGACAUUCUACUUUUUACAAUAAAUUUCAUUUGUAAUUUUAUAUGUUCCGUGGCAAUGCUUUUGUGCAUUACAUCCUCUAGAGGGAACAUAGAAGGAGACCAAUAAAAUUUUGUAACUGAACAGUUA